UAAGGAGACUCGAGGGUUUUGUAAGCUCUCUUCGAGUUAAACGAGGCCCUUAUAUACAUAAACCACCUAGGGUUUCUGAUUCUCCCAGCCAAUUUUUAAAAGAGAGUAGUAGCGGCGCAGCAAGGUGAACACGAGUGAAGCUCACGAUGGCGAGGAUUAAGGUUCACGAACUGAGGGACAAGUCGAAGAGCGAUCUCCAGAAUCAGCUUCAGGAUCUUAAGGCUGAGCUCGCUCUCCUCCGUGUCGCUAAAGUCACCGGUGGUGCUCCCAACAAGCUCUCCAAAAUCAAGGUUGUCCGCAAAUCCAUUGCUCAGGUCUUGACAGUGACAUCUCAGAAGCAGAAGUCUGCUCUCAGAGAAGCAUACAAGAACAAGAAGUUCAUUCCUCUUGAUCUCCGUCCCAAGAAGACCCGUGCUAUCCGCAGGCGCCUCACCAAACAUCAGCUCUCGUUGAAGACUGAACGUGAGAAGAAGAAGGAAAUGUAUUUCCCAAUCAGGAAGUACGCCAUCAAAGUUUAAGUUACCUGUCCUUCUUAAAAAAAUAUUUCUACUAGAAACUCUGUUUCAGCUUUGUUGUUUGAUGGAAACUUGUUUUUGUUCUUCACUUGUGUCAGCAAAAUGGAUCUUGGUUCCUAUUGAUGUUUUGACAAUUCUAUCUUUGCAAGUUUUUUUUUGCUUAGUGAAAAAAAACACACGCUUAUCCCUAA